AUGACCAGCCUCCAACCCCCGAAAGAUCCCCUCCUCCGAGGUGUAUCUCCUACCCCCAGCAGGAUUCCGAUACGCUCUCAGAGACGCCCUCCUUUGCCCACAGAGAAACCGUGCGCCCUGGACCAGGAGAACCAAGAUCCAAGGAGAUUGGUGCAGAAGACACCGCCCAGUAUUCAACGCCCCUUCGUUGACUCAGCAGGCACCAGGGCGAAAGGCUCACGUGAAACAAAGAAAUCACAAAGAUCGGUGGGGAUCACUCAGCUUCGGAACCCCUUGGAGGAGCUCAGGCCUAGCCCUGGGGGACAAAAUAUGGGAGCUGGACCCCCUCCCCAGACAGAGGCUCCAGGGGCUGUAGAGUUUGUGGCUGACCCUGCCGCCCUGGCCACCAUCCUGUCAGGUGAGGGGGUGAAGAGCUGUCGCUUGGGAUGCCGGCCCAGUCUGGCUCAGAGAGUACUGGUUCGAGGAAGCCAGGGAGGCACGAUCAGGAGGGGCCAGGAUGCUCGGGCCUCUGCAUAUUUGCCCCCCAGAAUUCCAUCUUCAGGAUCUUCCUUUCACCCCUCCACUCGCCCCAGUUUCCAGGAGCUAAGAAGAGAGACAGGUGGCAACAGCCGGACUUCAGCGAGCCAGGCAUCAGGACUGCUCCUGGAGACCCCAGGCCAACCUGCUUCCUCUGUCCCUGAAGGAGAACGUGAGGUUGUCAUUCACUCAGAUGAAGGAGGAAGGGUCCCCCUUGGUCUGGCCCAGCGAGUACCAUUAAGAGAAACCCGAGAGAUAACACACACCAGGGACAGCCAUGGCUCCCACCUGAUGCCCUCCCCUGCCCCUCUGGCCCAGCCCAUGCCUGGCCAUAUGGUGCCACCUUCUGUCACCCGUCCAUCACCCUUUGGACAGGCUCGGCGUGUACCCUCCCCAGGCUCCUCAGCUCUGACCCCAUAUUCAGUGUUGCGGCGUCUUGCCAAUCGACCCAAAACCCGGUUCACACCCAUCCCAUCGGCCCCCAGAGUUCAGCAGGCCCAAUGGUUGAGUGGCCUCUCCCCUCAGUCCUGCCCUGAAGAGCCUGCCCUGCCCUGGGAGCAGAUUGCAGUCCGGUUGUUUGACCAGGAGAAUUGUAUAAGGUUGAAGGAGGGGCCUGAGAAACCCCCUGUAACAACUCCUUCUGGACCCCAUCCUGAUAGAACCCCCAAACUCCAGGGGCUGAGGAUGCAGCGCAUCAGUAUCCUGCAGCAGCUGUUGAAACAGGAGGUAGAGGGGCUGGCAGGGGGCCAGUGUGUCCCCCUUAAUGGAGGAUCCUCUCUGGAUAUGGUUGAACUUCAGCCCCUGCUGACUGAGAUUUCUAGAACUCUAAAUGCCCCAGAGCAUAAGUCUGGGACUUCCCACUCUCCCAGACUGUUACUGCACUCUGGGCUGCCAAAGCCCUGCCUUCCAGAGGAGUAUGGGGAACCACAGCCCUGUUCUCUGGCAGAGCCUGAGACCCCAGAGUCCUGCUCUAGGAGUGAGCCUGAAAUACCAGAGCCCUCCCCCGAGGAACAGCCUGAGGUACCAGAGCCCUGCCCUCCAGCAGAGCCUGAGCCCCCAGAGUCCUGCUCUAGGAGUGAGCCUGAGAUCCCAGAGCUCUCCCGCCAGGAACAGCCUGAGGUACCAGAGCCCUGCCCUCCAGCAGAGCCUGGGCUCCCAGAAUCCUGCUCUAGGAGUGAGCCUGAAAUACCAGAGCCCUCCCCCCAGGAACAGCCUGAGGUACCAGAGCCCUGCCCUCCAGCAGAGCCUGGGCCCCUUCAGUCCAGCCUCCAGGGACAGGCUAGACCCCCAGAGCCCUACCCUAGGGUAGAGCCAGAGGCAUCAGAGGCCUGUUCCAUGGAAGCUAGAAGUUCAGAGUCCAGCCCACAGCCCUGCUGCAGUCAGUGGGCUCCAGCGACCACCAGCCUGAUCUUCUCUUCCCAAAGCCCACUAUGUGCCAGCCCCCCUAUCCGCUCACUCCAGUCUCCAAGGCCUCCAACAGGCCAGGCAGGCCCUAGCAGUCUGGCCCCUCGAACCCUGGCCCUGAGGCAGCGCCUCAAAGCAUGUCUAACUGCCAUCCACUGCUUCCAUGAGGCUCGCCUGGAUGAUGAGUGUGCCUUCUACACCAGCCGAACCCCUCCCUCAGGCCCCACCCGGGUCUGCACCAACCCUGUGGCCACACUACUGGAAUGGCAGGAUGCCCUGUGUUUCAUUCCAGUUGGUUCUGCUGCCCCUCAGGGCUCUCCAUCAUGAGGGCACCCUCCUCUACCCACUCUGGCCCUGCCUUGCUCCUUCCUUUUAGCACUUAUUUAUUGCUGGUCUGCCCCAUGGAACUGGGAGCUGACACCCUUCUGUCCUUUAAUAAAGUUUUUAAAGUGUCCAAA